AUGUACCUAUAUCUUUCCAAUGCCCCACGAGCCCUCUACUUAGUCACGAGCUUUCAUGAUGAAAAGCUUGGCCGACCUCAUCGUGCACUGGUAUUUCGCGCAGGUGAGGGAGAAGCUCAAGCUGUCGUUGAAUUUGUUUCCAAGGAUGAUAUCGAUCUUUACAACAUGGUACGGCUCACGAAUAGGGUCGUAAAGGGCUGCCUUGGCUUAAUAUCAGUUGAAAAUGAUGUAUUUGUUGCACUGGUUACCAGUUCGACUGAGAUAGGAAAUACAAGGCCGUCUGGUUCUCAUCCCGAGUCUGUCGCAAAAAUACACGAAGUCAGCUUUUAUAGCUUAACUUCGGCGGCUUGGGACGAUAUUUCAGCUGCCACAGAUUCACUGAUUGGUCCAGAUGUUGUCGACAGCAGUGUGAGGGACAAUUACACACAGACCACGAUGUCACCCCAAGUUUUCGAACAUCCAUGUUUGCCGUUGACCAAGAUUCUAUCGUCUGGUUCCUUCUACUACGCAAUUGAAUCUCAUUGGGAUUUGUCAUCGAGAUUAGCCACGCGCCUUUCAAGAGAUCCUGCUAGUGCAAGAGAUGUUGCGAAGUUUGACGAACGAUUUAUUUGGAAUGAGUACAUCAUUCGCAGUUUACUUGAUUUUCGAGAGCGAUUGGACGAAGUGGAGCGGGAGGAUUUAGAUCGUUGCCAGUUCAUCAUCUUGGCCAUCCAAGGUUAUGUUGGCGUUUUCACCAUGGCCUUGCCCGCCCCACCGACGGAUGGAGCACCUGCAGUUGCCACCCUUUCUUUGAUCUCAAGGCUUGGUUGGAAAAGAGCAGGGACUAGAUUUAAUACGCGCGGUGUUGAUGAUGACGGGAAUACAGCAAAUUUUGUGGAGACGGAGACAGUUUUUAGCACGGAUCAGCAUUGUGUUAGCUACGUACAAGUCCGAGGAAGUGUCCCAUUGUUCUGGGAACAACAGGGAUUACAAACGUUUGGGCAGCAUAUACAAAUUACACGGCCUCACGCAUCCCAACCUGCUUUUGAAAGGCAUCUUGUCCAACUUACAGAAGAAUACGGCUCAAUUCACGCCAUUAACUUGAUGGGCCAAAAGGAAAACGAGGCGUUAUUGACAAAUGCAUAUGCUCGUCAUUUGCAGAUCGCUCGGAGUGCUCUCGGCGACGAACUCGGAAUCACACACUUCGAUUUCCAUAAUGCUGUCAAAAUUGGAGGACAUGAUAGCGUCAUCAGGGAACUAAUUCGAAUCGAGAGUGUGACGGACCACCUCGACAGAUUUGGGUUCUCUAUGUGCGACGCCUCGUCUGAUGAGGUAAUUACCGACCAAAAGGGCGUUUUCAGGACGAACUGCCUCGACUGCCUAGACCGCACUAAUUUUGUUCAGGAUAUUCUUUCUCGAAAUACAUUGGAGCAGUACCUGAUUCUUGUGCACCGCGAAUGGAUUCAUUCCAAUAUCCUUUGGUCCCAACACCGCGAGCUGUGGGCUGAGAACGGAGAUGCUUUAUCGCGCAUAUAUGCAGGCACAGGCGCAUUGAAUACCAGCUACACACGGAGUGGGAAGCGAACUUUAGCGGGUGUCUUGUCUGAUGCGACGAAGAGUGUAUCACGCGCAUAUAUCAAUAAUUUUCAAGAUAAGGGCAAACAGGUCGCGAUUGAUAUGUUUUUAGGGAAUCUAAGUAGUCAGCGCCCUGUUACCAUAUUUGAUCCCAUCCAUGACUCCGUUCGUGCGGCUUUGGCGUCGAGGUCCUUAGAGUACUCAACCGCAAAAAAAUGCGCUAUUUUCGUAGGAACUUGGAAUCUUAACGGCAGGCCCCCGUCAGAGUCACUGUUACCAUGGCUGUUCCCUCCUGAGAGUAAACAUCCCGAUUUCUAUAUGUUUGUACUCGGAUUUCAAGAAAUCGUGCCUCUAACUGCGCAGCAAAUUUUACAAACCGACCCAGAAAAACGCCUUGUCUGGGAACGGAAGAUUCUCGAUACCCUCAAAAAACGUCCAAACAUUAAAAACAACUAUGUAAUUCUCAGGAGUGAGCAGCUGGUUGGCACUGCGUUGAUGGUCCUCGUCAAAGAGGAGCUAACAUCUGUGAUAAGAAAUGUGGAAGGGACGUCACGCAAGACAGGUCUUCGUGGCAUGUCAGGGAACAAGGGUGCUGUCGGGAUAAGACUGGAUUAUCAUGACACUAGCUUCUGUUUCCUAACGGCUCACCUUGCCGCUGGCCAUUCGAAUGUUGAGGAGCGCAAUGCUGAUUAUCGAACAAUUGCGCAUGGCUUGCACUUUCAAAAAGGCAAAACCAUUGGCACUCAUGAGAACGUUAUCUGGCUUGCGGAUACAAAUUACCGCAUUGACCUAGAUAACUUCAGUGUCAGAUCGCUUGCCGAGGCCAGCGACUUCGAUACACUUCUUGCUGCUGACCAGUUGAAGCAGGUUAUAGACUCAGGCGCUGCAUUCACUGGUUACGAAGAAGGGCCGAUCUUGUUUGCACCCACAUACCGAUAUGACGUUGGAACGGACAAUUACGAUACAAGUGAGAAAAUGCGUAUACCAGCAUGGACGGAUCGCAUAUUGUACCGAGGAAGUCAACUCGAUCUAGCAGUUUACUCUCGAUCAGAUUUGAAAAGCUCCGACCACCGGCCAGUGUUCGCUAUCUUUAGGUCUGAAGUCCGGAUAAUCGAUGUCGUGAAAAGGGCAACGCUUUCUAGGUUGCUCCUCGAAGGUGUCAUGUCUGCGGAGCCAGGAGAGAAGCUCGAGGAAAAGCUUGCAGCGGUCAUCUUGCCGAAAGAUAUGAGACAACUUCCACCUCCAAGCUCAGACGAGGUAGCAUGGUGGGAUACGCCUGAUUGCCCUGCUGGCAUCAUUGCACUAUCCGAGCUUCGAAGAAUUGAAAGCAUUGGGCGGAAUAAUCCGUUUGACCCCGAGUCGUCGCUAUCCUGCUCCCCCUCCUCUUCUGAUGACGAGUUAUACACGCACGCCCUAGCACUGCAGACACCGAUGGCACCCGUCCCAGCCACACGGAGACCCGCUCCACCACCUCCAAAUUUACAAAACCUUUCAAACCCAAUAGAGAACCGGAAGCCCUGAAAACCAAGGCCCCUUCUUCUGCACAUGUACGUAUAGGCUCUGAUGUAGAUUAUAACUGCAAGAAUUAAUUGACUGUC